AUUCCCCAAACACCCACAACAGCCAGGGUUGGGCCAGGCCAAAGCCAAGAGCCCGGAACUCAAUGUAGGUCUUUCAUGUGCUUGAACCAUCAUCCACUGCCUCACAGGGUGCCAGAAAGCUGGAUGGCAAGUGGAGAAGCUGGGACUUGACCCAGGCACUCUGAUGUGGGAUGCAGAAGUCGCAAUGGGGUCCUAACUGCUGUGCCAAACGCCCACCCAGUCCAGUGCCAAGCACAUUGGUGUGGACUGGUUACACUCCAGGAGCUCAAGAGCUCUGUGUGGUGACUGGCUCCCGUCGGACCGCACACACGCAGUCCAUUAAGUGCCACCCUCGUUACAGUGAGUUAGGACCUAUGUGAUCGUUCAGGUGUUGGGUUUUCAAAUCUAAAGAAUUAUGCGAGUCCUCAUUUCCGGGGUACGGGGCCUCCGAGCCUCACAGGGAUCCUCACCUUUCUCUCCACAGUACGAAAAAGCUUUCUCACCCAAGUAUCUGCAGAACUGGUCUCCUGCCAAGCCAACAAAAGAGAGAAUCUCUUCCCAUGAAGGCUACACCCAGAUCAUCGCCAACGAUCGUGGUCAUCUGUUGCCCUCAGUGCCCCGUUCCAAGGCAAAUCCCUGGGGUUCCUUCCUGGGCACCUGGCAAAUGCCUCUGAAGAUACCCCCUGCUCGGGUGACCCUGACCUCCCGGACAGCGGCCGCCGCCGCCUCACUCACCACGUGGAUACAGAAAAACCCCGAUUUACUCAAGGCAUCUAAUGGGCUGCGUCCUGAAAUCUUUGGCAAGCCCCAUGAUCCAGACAGUGAGAAGAAACGCAGGAAGAAGUGUGUCCCAAAGACUGUACAGCAAGCGCCAAGUGCAACUGUGAUUCCCAGCUCUCCAGCUGGCAACCUCAGGUCCCCGGAUCAACCCCAAAGCUCACACCCCUCCGCAGGUCACACACCAGGGCCCCAAAGCCAGGCCAGCUCACCCAAGAGCCCACCUGGAAGCCCAUGUCUGCUAGAACACUGAUCUCGCCGAGAUCCGGAAAUGCAAGCUUGGAACUUCCAGAGACCAAGGGGCCACACUGAAUAAGCUGUCUGGAGACCGAGGGAAGUCAGACUUCCAGGCACAAAUGUGGAACAGAGAAAUCAUGGGGAAAGAGAGGCAAAUUUGGAAAAUAAACGUUUGCUGAAUCCUUUACCGA